AUGGAGAAGCGUGAGGACGACCCAUCAGUCAGGUGACGGAACGACAGUUAACCGAUUUAUUAAAUGGGCGGAGGGUCAGCCCUAGCAGUUGCGUGGAUAACAAAGAAUUAUAAUCAAUUCCCUCCCCCUUUCUACCUGAAAGCAACCGCCAGUCUUAACUAUAUCCCGUGAACACAGCAAACACCCAACACCAUUCCAACAUGAUUGCGAAAUGUUGUUCAGAAUGCCUGGGGCGAGUUGAAUCUCCAUGGAAUCAGCGCCUGUAACGACAAUGGCCUCCAUCUGCUGCGAACCUGCGCAGAACACCGCCGCCUCCUGACCAGGACCUUCUUCCGCCUUCCAACGCGGAAGAAGGCAGCGUGGAUGCACCCCGAUCACGGCGCUGGCAGCUGUUGGACUACGUUCUCGUCCGGAGCGAGAUCAACAGGACGUGCUGGUGACCAGGGCUAUCUGCGACGCCGAAGGCUGGGAAGAUCACCGUACCGUCCUCUAUAAGAUCAGACUCCGACUGCAACCGCGCAGGAAACCACAAGGUAAGCAGCCACCAAGUAGGGUAAAUACAAUUUUGCUGAAUCUUCUUGCUCACCGUGUACAUUACGUGUACAUCAGUUAGGCCGGCACCUGGAAGAACUGCAGAUUCCGGACGACAACGCCACCGUAGUACCUCAAUGAUGUCAACUCAAUGAUGUUCUCAGAAGCGCAUGUCGCCAGCACCAGGACUGGUUCAACGACAAUGACGACGACGACGACGACGACGACGACGACGACGACGACGACGACGACGACGACGACGACGACGACGACGACGACGACGACGCGGACAUCAGUAACCUGCUCGCCGAAAAAAAGUUGCACAAAGCCUGCAUCGACGGUCGGAUCAAUGAAAGCAAAGCGGCCUUCUUCCAAUGUUGUCGCCAUGUAAGGCAACGAAUACGGGAGAUGCUGGAUGUGUGAAUGACUCGAAAAGGCGAGGAAAUUCAGGAGUAUGCAGACAGCAAUGAAAAAACGAACUACUUCGCAUCAUUCAAGACCGCCUACGGUCCCACAAUCAAAGCAGCUGCGUGUGACGCCCUGAGCUGGGUUCUUUCUUGGCUUAGAGAUUAUUUUUCAUUUCGCAAACAGUUUGUCCUGUCGGGAAAGAGAAAAUCUUCUAUUCUUCCAAAUAAUUGUGGAGUUCUACAAGGUUCCAUCUUAUCCCCUCAUCUUUUCUCUCUACAUACUGAUGAUUUGAGAUCGCCAAACGACUGCCUGUAUGUUAAGUAUGCCGAUGACAUGGUCGUAGACCACCCACUCAAAAACCUGACUCACCUACAGUCUUUAAAGGAUGGCUUAGAUCACGUCUCCGCAUGGUCGUCGAAUAAUGGACUCCUACUCAACAAUCAGAAAUCAGUACAGUGUGUGUUUCGAUUGCGACCCUCUCCCAUUCCUGAACCUUUGGAUAUUCUUCCCAAUGAGGUAUCCUCUUUCCGGUACCUAGGUGUUACUUUGUCCUCAAAUCUGUCUCUCUUCAUAUGGAAACCCUUUUAACAAAAAUUCAAGAACUUGUUUAUUACAUUCGUCGUCUACGUUCAUAUCACACACCCCAGUCCUUAAUCUGGCGAUUCAUAGAUGGCUGUAUUCUUCCACUCAUUCUUUAUUGUUCUCCAGUUAUUUUUCCAGCUUUACUUAAAAAAGAUCCAAUUAUUUUUAAACGUGUCAUUCGAAUGCUCGUCUCUGCUGCUGGUGUUUCCUAUCAUAUUUUAGUUGAUAUCAUCGUGCAGCGACACUUCAAUACGGUGUAGCAAUUUGCUGACCGAAUUCUGAAUGACACCGUCCAUCCCCUUCAUAAUGAGUUAAUGGCUGCGAAAUCCUCACGCCCCGUGCGUCGAUGCUUCCGCCACAUCCCUUGUCGCACUUAUCAGAAUUCCAUACUGCCAUUUCUAGCCCUGUAUCUCACCUGCAAAGAUGCUGAAAAACAAAAGCUAAAACUUGAUCUUGCACCUUAAAGUCCUUUUUUAUAUAUAAUUAUGUCCACCUGUCCAAUACCUGUUAAUCUCUAUGGUAAUCACUGUGUACUGGAGAACCGUUUUUUGCUGAAAGUUUGAAUGUUAUUUUCAAAAUAAAGCAUUCCUCUCUCUCCCUCUCUCUUUCUCGCUCUCUAAGAGGGACAGCGCUGACUGCCAACGCCGACGGAAGAACACUCCUAGCAGAGAAAUCGUUGAUUUUGACAAGCUGGGUCGAACACUUCUGGAGUGUUCUCAAGCGCCUAUCUCCGACGCCGUUAUCGACCGGCCGCCCAACUGGAAAGUAAAAAAGACCUGGACCUCGCAUUCUUUCCCAGCAACUGUUAGAUCCGUAAACCAGACGUCCAGCGGAAGAGUACCGGGAUCCGACGUACGCUCCGCCAAAGUCUACAAGCCCGGUGGCCCCGGAUGA